AUGGCCACCUCACAAGCCGCUCCCUUCUCUGUGAGAGUUCACCCUUACGAAAGCCGCGGGGUCAAGCAUGCGCAUGCGUAUGAGCUAGGAUCAUCGUCAGCUCAGAAUGCACUGAUCUUUGUCGGCGGUUUGAUGGAUGGUCCUCAUACGGUUCCCUAUAUCCGAACUGUUGCUGAAAAGAUCGAGUCCACGACAGGGCUAAAUUACUCUGUCUUUGAAAUCCGCAUCCGCUCCUCAUUCUCAGGUUUUGGCUGGGCCAGCCUUGCAGAUGAUGUAGAGGACAUCUCAGCGCUGGUGAAGUACCUACGGAGCAUCGGCAAGGAAAAAGUUGUGCUCAUGGGGCACUCCACGGGUUGUCAGGACUGCAUGGAGUAUAACAAGUAUGCCAAAUACGGGAACGAGCCUGUAGACGGCUUCAUCAUCCAAGCCCCUGUCUCCGAUCGCGAGGCCUACGUCUACCUUUCAGGGCAAGAGACAACGGACAGUUUCAUUUCGACUGCCAAGGAGAUGAUAAAUGCUGGCAACGCAAAUGAUGCCGUGCCAAGGUCAAGGUUGCCGCCCGACUUUCCCUUCGAAUGCCCAUUGACUGCCUACCGACUGCAUUCACUGGCUGCUGUUGGGGGUGAUGAUGACUUCUUCUCUUCUGAUCUGCCUGAUGAUCAGGUGGCAGCGAUUUGGGGCUUGGUCCAGAAACCGAUCCUCAUCGUCCCCUCGGCUGAGGACGAAUAUGUGCCCACAACUGUCAACCGUGAGGAACUGCUAGUCAAGUGGAAGUCAAACUGCCCCAAAGCGAGUGACUUGUCUGCCUUGAUCCCUGGGGCAGGCCAUACUGUAGACCCGCCACCGUCGCAGGAGUGGCUCGCAGAAAGAGUGGUCAGCUUUCUGAAGAGUCUCGAAAAGAGAGACUGAGACCAAGAUCAUAAGCCUUCUGCACGUGCAGGCCGGCACCUGUAUUAGCUGAUGGCGCACGGGAGUGCGCAGCUGAGAGCGGUGGAGUAACUGCAAUUUAUGUACGACUCAGAGUCUUGAUCAGUGACUCCUAAAAGGUCACGAUGAUGAAUAUUACAUGAAGGAGC